AUGGCUUCAGAAUAAGGAUAAAACAUCAAGGCGUUUCUUUUUAGUUUCGAAGUAGCUGUGUAGAAGAUCAAUUUAGCUAUUAGCUUUCCAUGCACGUUGCAAGUAGCUUGGAAAAGAGGUUCUCAGAAAGUAGAAACCAAAAAUCAAGUUUCUCUAAAUAAAGGCGAAGGAAUAUUUGAUGAAAAGUUAGUGAUUGAAUCAAAUUUAUAUUUCAAUGAAGACUCAAAGUAGUUUCUAGAAAAAAAGUCAACUUUUACUGUCAUAAUCAUUACACCAAAAGGGAAUAAAGUAGCUGGCAUAGCAAAUUUAGAUUUGGGGUAUCUUGCAAACUAAAAACAACAGAUUUCUCAGUAAUCUCUAAAACUUGACAAAUGCCCUGAUAAAUUAGCAACUUUGUAGAUUCAAAUUAAUUUAAAUUUAAUCAAAGAAGUUGAUUUUACAAAUAUGAGCUAGGCAUCAAACAUGUCUAAAGCAGUAGCAGCUGAUAUGUUUAUUCAAAACGAAGUUAAAGCCUAAGAUCAUAUUUAAUAGAGUAAUUAGACGCACGCUUAGUAGGUUUAGCAGUAGAUUCAUCAUUAGUAAAAUAUGCAAUAAAAUUAGAUGAUGGUUCAGUCUAACACAGCAAGUUAAGAAAGCAAUGAUGAAAUUAAACAAAAAUAUUUGAAAUACAAGCAAUAAUUUAUGGAAUAGCGUUAGCAGUUUACUGAUUUGGAAAAGAAAUUAGCAGAUGAAAAGGAAAUAAAUGUUAAAAAUGUUUCAAGAAUAAAAACAUUAGAGGAGCAAAUUAAGGGAUAGUUAUUAAAGCUGGGAUAAGAAUCAAAAGAGAAGGAAGAAGCAAAGAACGAGUUGAAAAAUGUUUUAACCAAACACUAAAAUUUAGAAUAGUAAAUUUUAAUCCUUUAAAGCAAUCAGCAAAAUGAAUAGACAGGAUUAAGUAAUCAAUUAAAUGAACUACAAGAAAAAUACAACCAGAUAGUUUCCUAUUUAAUUUAAAUUUAAUAAACUUUAAGUUGUGAUUAGGGCAAGGAACUUGAUUAUAUAUAACAAGUUAUGAACUCUCUCUAAGAGUAGGAUGAUUAGCAAGGUUAGUAUAUUAUAAAAAUUUAGUAAUAGACAAGUAUGAUAAAUAAUUUGAGUUAGGAAAAGUAAACUUACUUAAAAGAAAACCAACAACUUAAGCUAGAAAUUUAAAAACUAGAAAAACAAAAUUAAACCAUAGUUUUGAAUUUCAAUCAAAAUGAAUCAUCUUAUUAAUCCUAAAUAUAAGAAUUGUAGAAUUAGAUUAGCCAAAUUUAAAAUGAUGCAGAGAAGGCUAUAACUGAUUUAUAGUCUUAGUUGCAGUCAAAAGAAUAAGAAUUAGAAUAGGAAAAGCUAUCUAUAGUUGAAUUUAAUGAAAAAGAAAAAGAAUUAAACUUAAUAAUUAAUAACUAUGAAGCUUAACUCUAACAAACUUAACAAGAGAUUUAGUUGCUAAAGGAUGAUUUAAAAAAUAGAGAACUAUAGUAAAAAAAUUAAGAGCAAAGUAUUAUCAAGUUUUAAGAUGAAAAUAAAGCACUACAGAAAUAAAUUCUAAGUUUGAAUGAUGUUAUUAAUUCAAAUUAGAUUAAUUAACAGCAUAAUAAUUAGGAAUUAGAGGCCUAAAAAAAUUAGUUAGCUUAAUAAUUGGAAGAUAGGAAUCAAGAAAUUAGCUAGCUUCAACAAAAUUUAGAUCUUCUAAAUCAAGAAAAAUCCUAACUUAGUGUUGAACUAUAGGAAGCCAAGCAAAUUUUAUAACACAGUAAAUAGGAAUUUGAAGAUUUAUAGACUGAGUUCAAUAGCUAAUUCAAUUAAUAUCAAUUUGAUAUUUAACAAUUGAAAUAGCAAAUUGAUAUUUAUGAAUAAAAUAAUAAAAACUUAUAGGAAUAAAUAAAACAGUUAAGCAAUGAAAAUGAUUAAUUAUCUUAAGAUUUUAAAAAUAAUGAAUAAAAAUUCAUUCAGUCAUCAAAAGAAUUCAGUGAGUUGCAUUUAUAAUUUGAUACUUUAUAAAAAGAAAAUACAAAUUUAAAAAAUUAAAUUACUUAACAAGCUGAGUAAAUAAAAAGCUUGAGUCUUUAAGGUGAAGAAGGAAUAAAGCAAAAAAGCGUCGAAUAUGCAGCUUUGUUACUGAAAUUUAAUAGCAUUGACAAAGAUCAUCAAAGUUUAUAAAACAAAUUUAGCGAUAGCACAAAUUAAUUUGAGCAAGAGAAAAAGAAGUUAAACUAGUAAUUGAAAGAUAAGCAGGAAUAAUUUGAUGAAAAAGUUGCUAAGAUAACUUCAGAUUUGGACUAAACAAGAGCAGAAGUAAUUAAAGUAAAACAAGAAUUAGAUGCAAGUAAAGUGGCUAAUUAAUCAUCCUAGUAAAUUAUUUCUAACUAAACUCUUUAAAUUAAUUCUUUGACAUCAACUGUUGAAGAGCUUAAAGCUGGAGGAGCUUCUGUUUCAGAGUAAGCACAAUCUUACCUAACAAAGAUUUAAACUCUUGAAGCAAGCUUGGCAUCUUAAACUUUAAAAUUAGAUGAGGCAAAUAGCAAAAAUUCAGCAUAUGAAUAAUAAAUUUAAAGCUAAUAGAAUUAGAUACAAGUUGUUUAAGAGCAAAUUAAAUAGUUAGAGUAAGAAAAAAUUGUAUUACAAGAGCAAAUUGAAAGUCAUUUGGAUGAAAUUUAAAAUCACUAAGAGUAAAUGAAAUAACUUUAGUUAGAAAACAACAAUUUUGAAGAUCAGGUUAAAUAACUUAGACUUGAAAUUGUUAACUAAGAAGAAAAUAUAAAACAACUUGAGUUCACUAAAAAUAGUUUAGAAGAGUAAAUAUAAUAGUUAGAAUAAUAAUUGGAUAAUAAAGAAGAGCAAUUUAAUCACCUUAAUGAAUAAUACGAUAGUUAAAUUAAAGGUUUAUAAUAAUAAAAUGAAGGUUUACUUGAAGAGUUGAAAAAUAAAGAAUAAGAUUUAAUUUUAUGUUAGAAUGAAAUAAAAAAUCUAAACAUUUAAAUUGAAUAAGAAAAGGAAAGCUGUGAACAAAUAAAUGUAUAAAAUGAAGAUUUAAUAAAAUAAGGUGAAAAGCAUUAAGAAUAGAUAAGUAAUUUAGAAGAAUAACUUAAGUUGCUUUAGAAAAAAAAUGCUUAGUAUUAAUAGCAAAUAUAGGUAUUUGAAGCAUCAUCAAAUGAAGAAAAUAACGAGCUUUGUAGCAAAUUGAAUUAGUUAUAAUAAAAUUUAGACGAUGUAAAUGAAUAAGCCUAGCUAUAGCAAGGAUAAAUUUAAAAUGCUUAGGAGGAAAUAGAGGAAAAAAAUCAAUAAAUAAAAUAAUUAGAAGAAUUUAAUUCUAACAUGAAGAUAAAGCAUGAUGAAUAUGAAAUGACUAUAUCUUCUUUAAAUAUUACAAUUCAGACUCAUUUAGAAAACUAAAGAAAACUAGAUUAAUUGCUGCUAGAAAAAGAAAAGGAAAUUUAGACUAUUCAGGAAGAAAAUAUUUCAUUGACGAAAGAGUAAUAGUUGAUUUAAUAAAGCCUAGAGGAAAAAUUAAUGGCAUAAAAAGAAUAGGAAAAACUUGCAAUUCAAGAAAAGUAAUAGACAAUAGAUGAGCUAUAAUCUGAAAAUGAGUCACUUUAGCAUUAACUAAAUAACUUAGAAGAAUAAAUAAGAAAUAAUUAAUAACUCAUAGAAUAAAAAGAUUAACAACUGUAUGAAGUAAGCUAAAAACUGGAGUAAAUAUAAUAAGAACAAGCACAAAUUACUUAAGAGGGAGCAAAGUAAAAUUAAGAAUAUGAUCAAAAACUUUAGAAUCAUGAAGCUCUAGCUUAAUAGAAUGAAGAAUUAUAACACGAAAUAGAAAUAAAGCAAGAUGAAAUUUAAUCCUUACAGUAAAAGAUAAAACUACUUGAAGACGAUUAAAGGGAAAAGCAUCAAGAUAUUGAAGAUUUAAAGCAUCAAUUGCAAGAAAUGAGUGAAUAAAAUUAAGGAACUGAGCAGAGGUACACAAAUUAGAUGGAGGAAACUUUGGCUUUGCAAAUGGAGAUUAGGUAGUUACAUGCAUAGAUUCAGGAAUCACAUGCAGAAAACAAUAACAAGGAUGGCUUGAUUGCCUAAUUAAACUCCUAUGAGUAGGAUAACUAGUGUUUAGAAGAAAAGGUUCAAGAGUAAGAAGUAGAGUUAAAUAAGGCUCAGUAAACAAUUUCUGAGAAUUAGAUAGAAAUUAAUAAAUGCAAAAACUAAAUUGCAGAUUUAACAGCAUAGUUGGUUAGCUUGAAAGAACAAAUUCAAGAAAACAGCCCAAGUAAAAUAGGAUAUGAAGAGAAAUAUCACAAGUUGAACAAAGAGUACAAAGAAUAAAUCCUAGCCUUUAGAGAACAAGAAAGUGAAUAAAAUGCUAAGAUUUAUCAGAUGAAGUAAGCAAUUGAGACAAAUGAGGAGACUAUUUCCAAUUUAAAUAUCGAAAUAUCUGACUUGAUGUACAAGAUAACAGGUUUAGAAAGAGAGCUUGAGCUACAAACAAAUGAAUUUGAAGCAAUCAGAGCAGAAAAAGAAUACCUUAAUGAAAAAUUAUCUCUUAAAAACCAAGAACUUGAGGAAUCUCUUACAUAAAACCAACAAAACUCCCACAACAAUGACAACUCUCAUACUGACAAUACUUAGUCUGAUAAAAUAUACCUUUACCAAGAAUAAAUAGAAUAAUUAACACAUAAAAACCAAGAAUUGUAGAACAGGCUAAACGAAAUUCUAAAUCAAAACAUUAUGAAUACACCUUAGUCUAAAGAUAGGGAAAAUAGAAACUCCGUAAAAUCUCUCAGCUCUCCAAUUAAUAAUAAGACUUUUGCUAACAAUUAGGUAGACUAAGAGCUCUCACAAGUCAAAUAAGACUUCGAAUUAUCCAAGAUUGAGCUUUAAAAGGUGACUUAAGAGAGAGACAUGAUGAAAAAUGAAUUUAAAUAAAUGAAAUAAGAAAUUCAAAAAGCAAAAGACAGCGAUAAGAUAAUUGAGACUUUGACUGAUCAGCUAGUCAAAUCCAAAUAAAAAUUAGGUGAUAUGUACAACAUGGCCAUAUAAAUUGGUGGAAUGGAAUUGCUAGAAAAACUUUAGCAGUUUUGA